AUCUUCAAAUUCAGUUUUUGUGAAAUAACUAGCGUUCGAUUAAAGGUCAACCCCAAGGACAAGGACAUGAUCGAAGAUUAAUUUGGAACUUAAUCGUGAUCUCUCUCUCUCUCUCUCUCUCUCUCUCUCUCUCUCUCUCUCUCUCUCUCUCUCUCUCUAUUCUUGUUGAAUUGUUGUUCUCAGUUAAAAUUCAAUAUUCGGAUCCGAGAAUCUGGUGAGGUUGCUGUUACUUAGGAAAAUCCAUCAAAAGAGGAGGAAGAAGAACGAUCUCCAAGUAGAUCUCGAUCGGAUCUUUCAACGCUUAAUUCCUUUCUGCAGGUACACAAAGACAAAGUGAUCAUGAUUUCUCUGAUCUAUCUCUCUCUCUCAAAACAUAGAUAAGGAACUGCAAAGUUUCAUAUUUGGUUACGAUAGUUUUGUGAUAGAACUAUCGUACCAUGACUCAAGGACGUUGAUCAUAUUAACAAGAGUUAGAGAUUAAGGUAGAAAGAUCAGAAGAUUGAUUUAUAUUGUUGACAUGAGCACCAAGCAACAACAAGUUGAAUUAGACGACGAGCAAAUCGCCGAGCUACGUGAAAUCUUUCGUUCUUUUGAUCGGAACAAUGAUGGGAGUCUCACACAACUUGAGCUCGGAUCGCUCUUACGGUCCCUUGGUUUAAAACCAAGCCCGGAACAGCUCGAAACCUUGACCCAAAAGGCUGAUAAGAACAGCAACGGUCUGAUCGAGUUCUCGGAGUUUGUGGCGCUUGUGGCGCCGGAGCUUCUUCCUGCUAAAUCUCCAUACACAGAAGAUCAGCUAAAGCAGCUGUUUAGGAUGUUUGAUAGAGAUGGAAACGGGUUCAUCACGGCAGCCGAGUUGGCACACUCCAUGGCCAAGCUGGGGCAUGCGCUUACUGUGGAGGAGUUGACAGGGAUGAUCAAGGAGGCCGAUACGGAUGGAGAUGGGAGGAUUAAUUUCCAGGAAUUCUCGCAGGCGAUAACCUCUGCUGCAUUUGAUAAUUCAUGGGCUUGAAAUGAAACACUUAUCAUGGGAUGUUGUUUCUCUUUGGUUGGACAAACUCCCACGCCAUGCAGAUCGGUAAGAUUGAUGAUCAUCAUCUACAAUUAUUUGGCUACGUACGCAGGAGCUGACGAUCAUUAAUUCCUUUCAUUCAUGAGUGACAUUUGCAUGAUGAUCAAUAUUCUAGACAUUGGGUUAUAAACUAGUCAGGAAGAUUGUUCAUGAUCUCCAGCUCCCAUUUUCUUAGUUAAAGACAUGUUCUAAAUUCUUAGGUUUGUAAGCUUUUUUGUUUUUGUUAAUUUCAUGGCCUUUGAUUUUGGAGAUAUUGCCACAGUAUUCAAAGUGUUGGUUUUAGCGGUUUAUCAUUACUGUCCUGAUCUCAAAACAUCAGAAUUGUGAUUUGCAACUCUUUGAUUUGUUGAAUCACCCACAUGCAGGAGAUACAUACAUGCA